CACCUGUUCUAUCUUUACUCGGUUCCGAUCCGGAGAUGCCGAACCCGAGGUGAGGCACUUAAUGGGUCGACUCGUCCCGCCCCCUUGUGGGAACAGUCUCUAUCACAAUAUAAAUUCGGACAUCUCGGACAGCGAGAACCGAUGACACUGAUGACUUCCCGAGUCCGGCGAUUCACCAAUUACUGACUUUGCGAAUUUGUGAACAAUACUACCAUUGUACAUACUUCACAAUGAGCCGUGUUAUCCUCGUCACCGGGGCCAAUCGAGGCAUCGGAAGGGGCCUCGUGGCACAUUACCUUGCCCAGCCAGACACGACUGUUAUUGGUACUGCCCGGGACGUCUCCUCCGCGAAUGCGAAAGAUCUCAAUGAGCUGCCAAAGGGCGAAGGCUCUCGCCUGAUCGUCGUGCCGUUAAGCUCCGAUAGCCCACAGGGCGCGAUAGAGGCUGUAUCGGAGAUCCACACGCAGCACAGUGUUGUGCAUAUUGAUAUUGUCAUUGCUAAUGCGGGCAUUUGCAACCACUACGGACCGGUAGUAGAAAUGACCGACUCCGACGUGCUGUCUCACUUUGAAGUAAAUACACUGGGACCACUUAGACUGUUCAGAGCUGUUGCGCCCCUGCUGCAGAAAUCCAGUAUUCCCAAGUUCGCUUAUGUCUCUACGCUCCUGGCCAGCAUUCAUGAAAUUGAACAGAUCCCUUCGUUGACCGCCGCGUAUGGGAUGUCGAAGGUGGCUGGAAACUAUCUUAUAAAGAAGAUCGAUGCGGAGAAUCAGUACUUGAUCGCUUUGCCAAUUGAUCCGGGAAUGGUACAGACUGACAUGGGGAGUCGUGCAGCACAAGCCAAUGGGCUAGAGAAGGCUCCGGUGACUGUCCAGGAUACUGUUCUUGGGAUCACCAACCAGAUUGAGGCAGCGACAAAGUCGACCACAUCUGGUCAAUUUGUUAAUUAUAACGGGGAGAGGGUGCGAUGGUAGAUAGCGGUUAAGGAUGUGUAGAUUUCUGUAUGGCUCGACUUUAUAGACUGGGUUUGUUCACAUACUACAUGGCAUGAUCCUCCCUCUGCCAAUUCCAUGCAGACUACUUCCCCGGUAUCCCAC